AGGGAUGAUCAAAUUUUGCUUUCCUGCAUUCUUUCUCUUAUUUUUUCUCACUGUGGUUAAUUCAGCAUAUGAAGGGCUGCUACUGUACCCAAGGGUUGGAAGGGGGCCCUACGGAUCCGUGUCAUCCCUGAUUAUGUAUCCUAGAGUUGGUCGAAGCUUUGGGAGAUUGCGAGAUCGAAGUGAAUAUUAUCAGAACUCCGAUAAUUCAAAAGAUCACGAAGUCCUAAAACCAGAAGCGGAUAUCCUGGAACCGGAAGUCCUUGGCCCGGAAGAGAAGCCCCCUGGCAUGAUUUAUCCGAUCUACCUGAAAAACAAGAAGACUCCAGAAACUACAAGCAAACCACAGCCUAGAGUAAUUCGUGGCAGAUUUGACAAGAUGUCUCAGCUGAUUCCCUAUCCUCGUGUUGGGAAGAGGGGGUCGCCAUUUUCUUUUAAAGAUUCCAGAGGUUGGGGAAUAGAGGAGCAAUAUUUGAAUUAGGGAGUCUAGCAACGAAGUCUUGAAAGUUGAAGAGAACUUCUUUAAAUCAUUAAAAUCUUUUGAACAGAAAUCUACCAAACAUGGUUCAACGAAAUAAAACAGUUUAAGAAAUGGAACAAAAACUUUUAAUAUUUUUAGUUUUUCAAGGCAUUGCAUGCCGAACAAAGAAAACUGAGUUCUACAACAAACUUAAAAUUUUCAAACCUUUGAAACCUGAUGGUUUCAAUCUUAGAGUUUGAUUAGUAUCUAACAGAAUAUUUAGUUAGAAAUAUCAAAGGUCUACGCGACAUCUAGUUGCAAAGAUAAUGGGAUUAGAAAAUUUAAGUUUGAAGCAUAAAUUAACAUAAAAUAAUUGAAGAUUUAAGAUCACCUAUCAAAACAUUUAAAAACAUUGAUAUGAAAUCUGUUAUGGAUUUCAUAUCUUGCAUAAAAGAGGUUGGACAAGUUGAUAAAAUUCCUGAGUUGUCCUGAAGUAGUAAAAUCAGGAAAAGCACAAUGUAUCUACCAAACUAAAGCAAAUUCAAAAGUUUAAAUGGCUAAAAUUCUAAUCUUAGUUUAUAAAAUAGUCAAGAAUCAAAACCGUAAUCACAUUGCAAAUAAAUGUAAAUAUUAAGAUGAUAAUUUAGAAAAUUUAAAAAACUUUUUUUUCUUCUUUUUUCUGUGAACUAACUGUUCUUUGUUAUUUUACCCAUGAGGCUAGGAAUUAUAAAAGCACAGAACGAUUAGUUCACAAUUAAUUAACAAUUUUGUAAAAAAUGUAGAACUGAAAUGAAGUAUUAAGUAUCAAAUUGUGUGCAUAUAGCAGCCUGGUUAAACAAUUGUAGUAAUAAAGGAAAAAUAAUGAUGAUAAUAUAUAAUGUAAACUAUUUGAAUAAAAUAUAUAUAUAUUCAGGCA